AAAGAAAGUUUAAAAAAAAACAACGUUGAAUUUUAUUGACUUCCCCCCGCCAUUCCCAUAUUUUCUGGUUUGUUCGAAUAAAAUUUCGAAUCACAUCAAGACAUGCCGAUUGAAGCUACAAUGUCUACAAGCAAUGAAUCCGCAAAUCUUCUGGUACCCUCAUUUUUGCCACGUGGCGAAGUUCUCGGUUGGAAUCUGACGUCGGUGGUGAAUCCGGUGACUCGACGUAAAGAAUACACGUACACGGUGUGUGUGCAGACUGUCGGAGCAUUUCAGUGCACCGAGCAAGCGGGCGUUGUCCUUGUGAAGUGUGAUGGUCCAUGUGGAAACAAGUUGCCAACCAAUCAUUUGAUUGCAUUGGGAAAGUGUGAUCACAUGUUGUGUAAGGCCUGCUUCGGCAUUGUAAAGAAUCCGGAUGGAUCCUAUGGAUGUUCGAACUUCUAUUGCUGGUCGGAACCACGUGGAAACUUCCGGAAGGAAAAGGCCAACUACAAUAAGGUCAUCAACAAGCAGAUCUGCCGUGCCAGAAAGUUCAAACAAGACGGGGAAGAUUUGCAAGCAUGCAGCAAAUCGAAUCUUCCCAAGACUCCUGCUGACCUAUCGGACCGUGAGAUGAACUCUGCGAAAUCCUCGGAAUCGGAUACGUCGUCUUCUGAUGGUUCUUCCUACCAAUCCACUGUUGACUCGUACGGACUGCCAAAAAGAUUCUAAAAGCUUGAUCUGAGAUUACAUUCGAAAUAAAAAGUUUUUCUAAAUUAUGAA